AUGGUUCAAGUAUCACAAAUCGAUGCUUAUCAUUUAUUGAAAGAUAAAGCUGAUAGUUUUAACUUAUUAUGUAUUAUGGAAUCUAUAAUUGGUGGUCUUAUGCUUGAACAACCUAAAAAUCCUAUUGAAUAUAUUAAAAAUCGUUUGAUUGAUAUAAAGCAUAUACAAGAAAAUGGUAAACUACAUAAUGAAUUAUAUACUUGGCCACAUCAUCCAAUAUUAAAUUCAUACAAAUCUCUUACAAAUGAUGAACAUUAUAAAUUUCUUAGAAAUUGUUUUUAUCAUCGUAUUAAAUGUUUACAAGAAGAGAAAUUAUCUCUUGAAAAUACAUUUGAACAUGAAUCUAAAACGAUUGAAAUUACAAAUCCAUUCUUUUCAUUAACAGAAGUUUCUUUAACUUCAUAG